CACUGAGUCAGCUGAGCACUGCCAUCUUUGCAGUUUUCACUGGUCAUCAUCAUCCUGCACUGCACAUCCUUCCUCCAUCCCGCCACAUCCCCAGGACAUACGUAUCCACGAUAGCGUCGACCCACUUCUAUUCUACCCACAGCAUCUCUCUGUCUAGUCAGAGAUCCAUGCUUCGUCCUCCAAUCAUAUCUGAACAGAGAAGAUCCAUAACGCUCCAUUUUCUUUCCGGUUUCCGCUAAAUAAGCUUUUUCGCCCACCAUGGCUGGAUUCGUCAACAUUCGUCGCGAUGUAGACGAUAAAUUCUACCGCUACCGGAUGCCUAUUCUCCUCACUAAAAUCGAGGGCAAAGGAAAUGGCAUCAAAACCGUCCUCCCCAACAUGGCCGAUGUCGCACGCGCACUCAGCCGGCCUCCCAGCUACACCACAAAAUUCUUUGGUUCCGAACUCGGCGCCCAGACCUCUGUCGACGAGAAAAACGACAAAUAUAUCGUCAACGGGGCGCAUCAAGCCGAUCGCCUGCGCGAGCUGCUCGAUGGAUUCAUCGAGAAGUUCGUGUUGUGCAAAUCAUGCAAGAAUCCCGAGACCGAGCUCAUCAUCCUGAAGAGCGGUCGCCAGGAGGACAUCAUCCGCGACUGCAAAGCCUGUGGCGAGCGGACGGGCGUCGAUAUGCGUCACAAGCUCACUACCUUCAUCCUCAAGAACCCGCCGGCCAAAGUGCGCAAAGGCAAGAAGGCGGCUAACACGGGCGAUGCUGCCGCCGGGGUCGGCGGUGCCAAUGCCGAGUCUCCCGAGAACGGGGCCGAAGAGAAUGGGGAUGGCGGUGCUGAGAGCGAUGAUGAGUUGACUAAGAAGAUCAAGGCCGAGGCUGCGGAGCUCAACGAGGACACCGCCUUGGCGAAAGAGGACUGGUCGGCCGACACGUCUCCCGAAGCUGUCAAGGCUCGCAUCAAGGCGCUCGAAGGUGGCAUGAAUGGCUUGGGCAUGGACGACGAUGGCAGCGACGAUGAUGGCAACAGCCCGUACACCCAAUUCGGAAAUUGGAUCAUGGACGCCCCAGAGAUGGAACCUCCUGCUCUCAAUGUCGCCAUCUACAAGAAGGCGGAGGAACUCGGGAUUGAGAAGAAACACAAGACCGUUCUGAUCCUAGUGACCAUCUUCACUGAGGACGUCUUGACGGAGAUCCCCGACUUCGCCCCGCUUCUUCAGAAGAUGGUCACCUCUGAGAAACACCAGAAAGCCUUGCUAGGCGGUGUCGAACGUCUCGUGGGCUUGGCCUUCCCCGAUCUGUUGCCCCAGGUGCCCAAGAUCCUCAUGGCCUUGUACCAGGCAGAUGUUCUCGAAGAAGAGGUCGUCACUCAGUGGGGUACUCACGUCAGCAAGAAGUACGUCGACAAAGACACUAGCAAACGUGUUCGUAAAGCCAGCGAGCCCUUCCUCAAGUGGCUCGAGGAAGCUGACGAUGAUUCGGACGAAGACGACGAUUAAGUUGGUUGUGUCUAUGUAGUCCUCUGUAUGUAAUCGUCAAUUCAAGCCCCCACUCGUCGUUGAAAACGUUGUGAUUCUCUUGUCUUGUUUCACUGGAUCUACUUU